UGUGUUUUUCCUAUACUUUUGGUUGCAUAUUCUUUUAUCUUCUCUUCCUAUAGGGCAUACAAUUUUCUGUAGGUGAUAGAUGAUUUGGUGUUUCCUCCAGCAAGACUGUUCAAACUUAAUUUUUAGGACUGAGAGUUGAGAAGAAGUUGACUUCCGUUUGACAGCUCUAGAUGAUGGGUGAGUCAAGUGAAGACAUAGACCAAAUGUUCAGCACUUUGCUGGGAGAGAUGGAUCUUCUGACUCAGAGUUUAGGAGUUGACACUCUCCCACCUCCUGACCCUAACCCACCCAGAGCUGAAUUUAACUACAGUGUGGGGUUUAAAGAUUUAAAUGAGUCCUUAAAUGCACUGGAAGACCAAGAUUUAGAAGCUCUCAUGGCAGAUCUGGUAGCAGACAUAAGUGAAGCUGAGCAGAGGACAAUCCAGGCACAGAAAGAGUCCUCGCAGAAUCAACAUCAUUCAGCAUCUCUACAGGCAUCAAAUGUCAGUGGCGCAGCCCCUCUUGGUCAUGGAACAAAUGUUGCCGCCACUGGUAUCAGCCAAUAUGAGGAUGACUUACCACCUCCACCAGCUGAUCCUGUGUUAGACCUUCCACUGCCGCCACCACCUCCUGAACCUCUCUCUCAGGAAGAGGAAGAAGCCCAAGCCAAGGCUGAUAAAAUUAAGCUGGCGCUGGAAAAACUGAAGGAGGCCAAGGUUAAGAAGCUCGUAGUCAAGGUGCACAUGGACGACAACAGCACAAAGUCACUGAUGGUGGAUGAGCGGCAGCUGGCCCGAGAUGUUCUGGACAACCUUUUCGAGAAAACUCAUUGUGACUGCAAUGUAGACUGGUGUCUUUAUGAAAUCUACCCGGAACUACAAAUUGAGAGGUUUUUCGAAGACCAUGAAAAUGUUGUUGAAGUCUUAUCAGACUGGACAAGAGACACAGAAAAUAAAGUACUAUUUUUGCAGAAAGAGGAGAAAUAUGCUGUAUUUAAAAACCCCCAGAAUUUCUACUUGGAUAACAGAGGGAAAAAAGAAAGCAAGGAAACCAAUGAGAAAAUGAAUGCUAAGAACAAGGAAUCCUUACUCGAGGAAAGUUUCUGUGGAACAUCUAUCAUUGUACCAGAACUGGAAGGAGCUCUUUAUUUGAAAGAAGAUGGAAAGAAAUCCUGGAAAAGGCGCUAUUUUCUUCUACGGGCUUCUGGAAUUUAUUAUGUACCCAAAGGGAAGACUAAGACAUCUCGAGAUCUGGCAUGUUUUAUACAGUUUGAAAAUGUCAACAUUUACUAUGGGACUCAGCAUAAAAUGAAAUAUAAAGCGCCCACUGACUACUGCUUUGUUUUAAAGCACCCCCAAAUUCAGAAGGAGUCCCAGUAUAUCAAGUAUCUCUGCUGUGAUGACGCAAGAACCCUUAACCAGUGGGUGAUGGGAAUACGGAUAGCCAAGUAUGGGAAGACUCUCUAUGAUAACUACCAGCGGGCAGUGGCAAAGGCUGGACUUGCCUCUCGGUGGACAAACUUGGGGACAGUCAAUGCAGCUGCACCAGCUCAGCCAUCUACAGGAUCUAUAAAUGGCACCGCCCAGCCCAAUGGACAGAUGCCCCAGGCUGCACAUUCUGUCAGUGCUGUUCUGCAAGAGGCCCAGCGACAUGCUGAAACAUCCAAGGAUAAGAAGCCAGCCCUCGGGAACCACCACCACCCGGCAGCGCCCCGGGCCCCGCACGCCCCCAAGUCCAGCCUGCCCCCGCCCCCUCCGGUGCGGAGGUCCUCGGACACCAGCGGCAGCCCCGCCACGCCCCCCAAGGCCAAGGGCACAGGCGGCGGGGGCUUCCCCGCCCCACCCGACGACUUCCUGCCGCCGCCGCCACCGCCGCCGCCCCUGGAAGACCCUGAGCUCCCGCCGCCCCCCGCGGAGUUCAUGGAGCCGCCCCCGGACUUCGUGCCCCCGCCCCCGCCGUCGUGUGCAGGGACCGCGGGCUCGGAGCUGCCGCCGCCGCCGCCGCCGCCGCCCGCGCCCGCGCCCGCGCCCGCCCCCGACUCCGCCAGGCCGUCUCCCGCGGUGGCCAAGAGGCCUCCUAUGCCCCCCAAAAGGCACGAGAACCCAGGGACCCCGGGCGGGGCAGGAGGCGGGGAGCAAGAUUUCAUGUCAGACCUCAUGAAAGCUUUACAAAAGAAGAGAGGUAACGUGUCCUAGGGAGGGGCAUGGUGAGUGUGCCAGAGCGAGAAGCAUCGCUGACCCGGAGCGCAGGUUUUGCUGGUAGAUUACCCUGACAUUUUGUUCAUUUCAGAUAAAAUGUGAUGGGAAACUUCUCACUGUUGUGCUCAAGUGCAGCCAUAAACAUUAACCCAAUAGAGUUCAGAAUAUCUGCCCAAAUGUACAUAUUGCUCCUAUGUAUUUUCACCUAAAUGGAAUGUAUCUUCCCUUCCAGGUUACCUAAAGUGCUGUUUUAGGUUCAUUUAUUUUAUUAUGUUAAGAAGCAUCAAAUGAAUAAAAGUUAAAUGUUUUUCCUGAAGAUGGUAUUUCUAGAAAGAUUAUUGGGUCCAUCUAUCUUGAAAUCAACACUAUAAUUAAAAAUAGCUUUCAACAUUCCAUGCCUUCUUAAGUCUUGGUGAUCUCAGAUAGAUUUUUCAUCUCUACCUCUAUAACCUUCAGAAUUUGCAGGAAAAUCGAGAGAGGAGAACGAGGAAACGUGACAAGCAGAGCCUGUUUCCUUUCCCUGAAGUUCGGUUGCUUGAUUGAUUGGAGUCCUGGACACAGGCUGUUUUGGUUUUGCUUUUAUAAUGCUUGAAUAACAGUAAUUGAAAAAUACAGUUAUUUAGAUAGUUUUUGAAUUCUCUUAUUAUUACAAUGCUGUAAGUA